UGACGAUGCAGAUAUUGGAAGAGCUAAUUAUAUAUCUACCCCAUACAAGUUGUCAAAUAUGAACAUGUGCCUAUGCAGAUGAGUAUGUAUAGUCCAUGAGUUUCUGUGGUUAAUGCUCUGUGCUUAUUCUCCUAACACGUGUUAGAAGCAGAAAGACUUCAAUGAGACAAAGGUGUGGUACAAUCACAUCAGCAGACAUUAGCUUUCUGGGCAGCUUUUUCCAUUAUGUAAAAGCUGUGUUUGUAUUAGUAGAGCAGUCAGACCCACCAGUGUGAGGAUUACAGUUGGUUUUUACAUAAUGGAUUAUCCAAGAUUAAGUGUUUUAUUCAGGCACACGAGCGAAAAUAACCAAUUAGUGACUUUGCAGAUUCAUUAUUUAAAGGCAGCUGGAGGGAAAUUGACACAAAACUCUCCUGCUGACUGCAGCCCAAAGAUUGAAGCAGAGUAGUCUCAGGGGAUCUCCAACGUCUCUAUCCCAACAGAAUGAAAUACACACAGUAUGUUUUCCUGGCCUCGAUCUUCUCCACUGUUGAAUAUAGCCUAGCUCAGACCUGUGCAGUGGAUUCUUUCUCUGUGAAAGACAAUUUUGAUCCAAAAAGGUAUGCAGGGAAAUGGUAUGCCCUGGCCAAGAAGGAUCCAGAAGGCCUUUUCCUUCAGGACAACAUCUCUGCUGAGUACACUGUGGAGGAAGAUGGCACAAUGACAGCAUCUUCCAAAGGCCGAGUGAAGCUUUUUGGGUUUUGGGUGAUCUGUGCUGACAUGGCUGCUCAGUAUACAGUACCUGACCCAACCACUCCAGCAAAAAUGUACAUGACGUACCAAGGUCUGGCCAGCUACCUUUCCAGCGGUGGGGACAACUACUGGGUGAUUGACACCGACUAUGAUAACUAUGCCAUUACCUAUGCCUGCCGCAGUCUAAAAGAGGACGGCUCCUGUGAUGAUGGCUACUCCCUGAUCUUCUCACGCAACCCCCGUGGCCUCCCCCCAGCCAUUCAGCGCAUUGUGCGUCAGAAGCAGGAAGAAAUCUGCAUGUCUGGCCAAUUCCAGCCUGUGCUUCAGUCAGGGGCCUGCUAAAAGUACACUUCUGAUCCUAUCCUUAAGCACAGAAACCGGAUCUCUUGGUCUUGGAAGUUGCCACUCAGCUAAUAAAAAAAGAAAAUCACAGUAUGGACUACUGUGUUUUUCCUGAAAAACACAUGAAAAUGUUGAGGUUUUUGUAAACUGUGUGCAAUACAGUAUUGAUAUUUGAAUUUUCAAGGGAAUACCUAAUGUGGCAUUUGCCAAUAAAUUUUUAAAAAAAAAACACCUCUGGAACUGCUUUUUGUUACCUGCUGUCCUGUCGGGGAGCAGGAAGAGCAGGGCUGCUCACCGAGGGGAGGUGAGAUGGCAUCCAAGGGUG